AUGGACAUGUCUGAUACAGUCAAACCUCGGACUUCCUUCCUCAUAGAGGACAUCCUGUCCGUUAAGGACACAAGCUUUAAUGGAAAAUCAUGUUAUCAGAAGAUGGAGAGAUGUUCACAGUGGGAAGAGGAAGAGUCUGAAAAGUUGACAGAGAAACUUUAUGGUCAGGAGACAGUGUCUGGAGAACACUCAGGGUCUCUGGACACCUCUUGUCCCAUCACCCCAGAGUCCAGCAGUUUGUCCUCCAGAGGGAAACAGAGACGCUCCCGAGCUGCGUUCACACACCUCCAAGUGCUGGAACUGGAGAAGAAAUUUAACCACCAGAAAUACCUGUCAGCCCCGGAGCGGGCUCACCUGGCCAACGCCCUGAGACUGACUGAGACCCAGGUGAAAAUCUGGUUUCAGAACCGGAGGUACAAAACUAAACGAAAGCAGCAGACGUCAGAGUUCAGUAAGGAUGGGUACAAAGCCGAGGGACUGCAGGGCCUGAGAGAGGAUUUAGUGCGGUCGUCUCUGAUCACCUCUUUCUGCAAAGCUUACCAGUACAGACCGUACCUGUGGGACUACGGUGGCCCCUGGGGACAAACAUUAUGGUGA